CGUUACUGCUUCCUGUCUAGUUCCUCUUAUCACUUCCGGGGUCUGCCUCGGGCGCCUCCGCUCGCCUUGCUUCGUCGAAAUCAGGUGCCUUGCUGAGUCAUGUCUGCCCAGGAGGAUGAAGCAGGAAAGGAUGGGGCCUUUGGAGCCGAGUAUCUGGCAGCUGAAUCCAUGGCAGCAGACAUGGAUCCCUGGGUGGUUUUUGAUGCCCGGAAGACCCCACGGGCUGAAUUUGAGGAAUGGCUGCAAACCUACCAGCCGUCCCGGGUCUCUCGCUUUGGCGAUACAGAGCGCAAUGCAGAACCUGUAGGGUGGAUUGCAGUCUAUGGGCCCAGUUUCUGUCCUGAAAAUGGGGAUGUGGUAGGGUUGCAGGAGGACUGGGAGCAGCUGCAGACUAGUGGGCGCCACAUCACCUUUGAUACCAUCAAAGAGCUGGCCCUCAACCGGCGUGUGCUGACAGGGAAGUGGCUGAUGCAUUUGGACAGUGGCUUCAAGGUGGACCACGCCUGGUGUGGUAUUGCCCAUGCUGUGCUCGAUGGACACAUUGGCGUGGCAAAGGUCAGCCCCUUCUGCCCCGAGUCAGAGCGCAAGCAGGUCAUCUGUGUCUACACAGAUGACUUCACCAAUGAGGAGCGGGUACUGAGUGCUGAUGCCGUCAUCCGUUCCACAGGUGUCAAGUGCUUAUUGUCCUACAAGCCUGAUGUUUAUACCUACCUGGGCAUCUAUCGUGACAACCGCUGGCACCUCUGCCCCACCAUCUAUGAGAGCAAGUUUGACCUCGAAUGUAUCCCCCGCCGCUCCCGCAUCACCGACAAAGUGAACAACAUGGAAGUAACUUAACUUGCUCCCUCAGUGUGCAGCACUUCCAGUGAGAUGGUGCUAUUACCAGGAUCUACAAGUCCCAGCAUGCAGUGCUCACUUUUUAAAAAAACAGAAACCAAGUUACUUGAAAGCAGUUGCUGGGAGGAGACCCUUGCGAACCACAGGCCAGCAAGGACACAGCCUUUACGGGCAGGAUUUCCAUAUGCUCCCCCCAUUCAUUUGCUCUUGUUAGCCAGUGUGCCACAGGAUGGUCAUUUCUUUUUGUUUCUUAAAAAAGAACUUGUAACCAGCAUGUGCUGCCCUCCUCUGUUUCUAAGAAUCUGCUAAUGUGCAUUUUUGCACUUUUGCCUCUGUUGCCUGUGUGUAUCCUACCAUAAUGCCUCAGGGGCAGUGACUCCAGGCUAUUGUGCUUUCUUUGGUACUAAGCCUCUCACAGGUGCAGCCCUCCCUUAUGAUGGAUCAGCAGACAGAUUGCUGGGGGGGGGUCAGAAAGGGAAGACACAGUAAGUAGAAGGAACAACUUAGGACGAUGUAGCCGUAUGCAAGCUAUUCUAGCAGAAUAGUCUCUGAGCCUGUCGCAGAGUAUUGUGAAACUUGAUAAUGUGUACGCUCAGAUGAUAGACUGGUUGAACAGAAGGUCUUUGCACUUAAUUUUCUCUUGUGGGGGAUGGUGAUCAGUUUACAAAAAUGGCUGGAAAAUGACUUCCACAGUUUUCCAGCUUCACUCUGUCUAGGGCAUCUCUCUCUAAUGGAAUGGGACUUAGCUUUCGGGGGGAAGCUCCACCCCCCCCCCCUGCAU